AGGCCAGCAGAGCUGAGUGAGAUUGCAGCUCUGCUUACUGUGCCAAUAAAGAAGACCGGAGGUGGGAGGCAUGGCCGACCAUCCGCUACAACUGCUUCUCCGGACUCUGACUUUGACCUAAAUGCAAUAAUGCACAGGCAUUGCGAGGCAGACUGGACAUCUCCAGGGAGCACAGUUGCGUUUUCAGGCUGGAAAUGACGGACAACCUCCCCUAUAAAGCUCGGCCAGACAUCUCUUGUCAUGUGGUUUGUGGCCAAGACAGCCUACUCUGAACUUCGAAGGCGACGCCAUUUUGACGAAGAAGAGCUUUUGAUGUUUAUUCAAUCCAAGGACACCAGUACCAGGAAAAACAUCUAUGAAUGAGCUAUACUAAUGUUCAAUAUUCCAUGCAAGUUACAAAACACAAAAUAUGACCAGCUUUGACAAGCAAUGAGGAUUGAAAUGCUCAUGUAGUUUAUCACUGCAUCACUUUCAUCAUGAAUUAAAUUUCAUCAGUUAUUCUAGGAUCACUUCAUUUCUUUUGCUAGUAUAUAGAGGUCCCAAAAACUAUGUUCUUCUUUGGUCACAUCGUGUCCAUAAUGACUCUACAUUAUCUAAGGUUUGUGAGGUAGUCUUCAGGUGUGGCAUUCUACCAGAGGCCCUUUCCACAUUUUAUGGAGGUCUCACAUAGACAGCUGAGCACUGGGGAGCAGUCAGGAGGUCAAGAACACCUUCAUGAACCUCAAUAUGAAUCUUGUCUCAACAACCCAAAACCAACCACAGCUCACUCCCAGCAGCAGCAUGGACCAUCUCAUUCCAGACAGACAAAAAGACUUCGUCAUGAGAGAAAGCGUCUCCGGCUUCAGAAAAGAAAUGUCCAGGAAGCCGAUACUUUUGAGGGAGGGAAGUCAGAAUGGGCUUCUAGAGGAUCUGAAGAUAUGGAUGUUUCUGACAAAUGCCCUGAGACUUCAACUUCAUCAGUGUCAGUGCAACCUUCUGUGGAGACCCAAGAAAGCACACCGAAACAAAAACGUGAGCGUAAACCUCAGAAGCCAGGAAAGUAUGUUUGCACCUAUUGUGGCCGUGCAUGUGCCAAGCCCAGUGUACUACAGAAACACAUACGUUCCCACACUGGAGAAAGGCCUUACCCUUGUGCACCAUGUGGUUUUUCCUUUAAGACUAAGAGUAACCUUUAUAAGCACCGUAAGUCACACACACAUAAGGUAAAAGCUGGCAUGGCUUCAGGUAGACAGGGGCCUGACAUCAGUUGUCAUGAUGAGCCAGUUACAGAGUCAGAUGAAGACACUGGUCAGCUAUCUUCAUCUCUUAAAAAUCGAGAGAUGAUAUCCUCUCAAAGAAAUUCUUGCACAGAAAUAUCCCCUGAAGGACAGUCACAGGGAUUAGAAUACUCUCAUGCUGUCAAAAAGAGACUAGCUAUGAGGCUUAGCAAAGGAAGACGAGCUCCUGUGGGCUCAUCUGAUGAGACCUCCUCAUCAUUUGGCCUAGGCAGCAAAGGCAGCACAGAAUCAGGCUAUUUCUCCCGUUCUGAGAGCACUGAAGUCUCUCAAGACAGUCUGCCAAACACAAGUGCCAAAAGUUAUGCAGAGGUUAUUCUUGGAAAAUUUGGCCGUCUUGGUCAUUUACAUAGAACAGUUCGUCAACAGGAUGAACACUCUGCAGAACAAGAGGGGAGGAGCAUCCCUUUCUCAGUGCCUAAAAAGCAAGUAAUUGAUCACAUUACCAAACUCAUCACCAUCAAUGAAGCAGUUGUAGACACAAGCAAGAUUGAUAGUGUUAAACCCAGAAGGUUUUCUAUUUCUAGGAGGAGCAGUGUUGAGUCCUCUCUUUCUAAAGAUACAAUUCUUCGCAGAGCAAAAGAGAUAGACAUUAGUUCAAAAAGCAGUGGGUCCAUCACUCUUGGUGUCCCUUGUGAGAAAUUUCAACAGCACUCCAUUAAUGUCAGUCAACCAGCUAAUUCUUUGUCAGCUGGUCCUCUUUUAAGAAGUCACUCAUUACCAUCAGAUGCAAGCAUUGAAACCACUGCUGCCUCACAAAACUUUCGUCACAGCCAAUCAUUUGAUGAACAGCCAGCUCAGAACAGACGGCAUGGUAUGCUAAGGCGCCAGCCUGCAAUUGAAUUACCCAUUGGUGCUGAAAUUACUACUGAGGAACAGCCUAGUUCCAGCUCACCAUUUCAUUCCUCAGUUUCCAUGGUCUCUGAUUGCAAGCAAAAACAGCUAGAACCUUUUGAAUGUGAAGCAUGUGGACUUGCUUGCAACAACUGGGAAAAAUAUAAAACACAUAAGAACCACCACUGCCCUGCCCUGCCAUCUCACCAACUUGAAAUUCCUGCAUGUCAAGCUGAAGAGCAUGGGGCAAUUCUUAAAGCUCGAGUUGGUGGCUUAGCAGUGCGGAAAAGGAGAAAGGAAGAGAGUCUAGAACUUGAUGAUCCUGCCUUACCAUCAGCUGCCUUGGCAUCUACCUUUACAUCACAAGGAUAUAUUGCAACAUGUGUGAAGCCCACCGUAGAAUCUGUUGCGUCAAUUCAGGCACACGAGAAGGAGAACACAUUAAAAGGAGUAUCUGUGAUACAACAUACUAGUUUAUUUAACAAACAAGAACCUUCGACUCACAUUUACUUAAAGGAACAGACCACAAAGCCAAACUUCCGUAAGCUUGUUCGUCAGCACAAUGUUCAAAUACCAGAAAUUCGAGUGACAGAGGAAACAAAUAUCAGCACAACAGUGGCACUCCAUCCAGAUCUGCCUGAAACUAAAGAAACAAAAAAAGUUGAAGACUUCCAGUGGCCCCAGAGAAGUGCAUCACUGGCCCAGCUUCCCAUUGAGAAGUUGCCACCAAAAAAGAAAAGACUUCGUCUUGCAGAAGCAACCCAGUCCUCUGGAGACUCCAGUUUUGAAUCACUCUCUGUACCUCAUAGUCCAAGUCAGGAUACUCACCGAUAUAGUCAUUCCACAUCUGUUGAGGAAUCUGGCCAAAGUGAUGUUGACACAGUGUCUAGAAGGUCAAGAGCUACUCAUACAUUAACAAUCUCAAGUACUCACAACCCUCACAGAGAAAUGCAACGGUCAGCAUCUGAGCAAGCACCACAUAUACCUCAGCAGACAAACCCCAUUGUUGAGACUAGAAGUAAGUCCUUUGAUUACAGCUGUUUAUCCCCUGAUCGAACACCUGCAGGUUGGAGGGAAAGGCGCAAAUGCCUCUUGAUUAAACAUUCUGCUGUAAGAGAGCCAGAGGAAGAGGAUCCCCCACCAAAGCCAAGUGUUAGUGUUAAUCCCCCAUCUCCAAAUGCAAGCAUUUCCCCUAGGCAUAGCCCUGACACAUCUCAUUCCUCUGUGCCUUCUUCAUUCCGUAAUGUGUCUUUAAGCAAUACAGUGUGCCCCACAUUGUCUCAUAAACCUGUUACUCCUUUAACUCCAGUGAUUCAAACUGAUGAUCAUACAGUCAUGGAAAAUCUGCACUGCCUGUCAGGUGCCGCAAGAGCUCAUUACCACUCAGUGUCCUCAGGUCUUAAGCUUGAGAUCCCCAUAGAGGAUGAUGUUGGGCAGUCAACUGCCAGUUAUCAUCAUUACCAUCCCCAUCUUGAUAUUACUCCAAGCCAAGAGCUUUUAAGGCCUCCUGGGAUGCAGAGAGUGCCUGUUCGCCUGUAUUCAGACUUACCUUACCAUGCCAAUUCAGUUUACACUACCAUGUCACAGACAAUUAUUGCAGCAUCUCAGGAUCCUAGCUGCUCUGGUUUAAGGUUAGAAUCUAUAGGAUCUAGGUUUGAUUUUAAAGAUCAACCACCAGUAGCUGAGGGUUCCAAAUCCUCUAGUGCAGGGGGAAAUAAACGGGUAUUGUCCCCAACAAGCAGUGUGGAACUCACCCCUGAUAGUCAGCAACAGAAACGAGUGAAAGAAGAGGAAGAGGACACAGACAAUGCACAGAGCAAUACGAGUAGUUUAAUUUCUUGCAGAAAAGAAGACUCUCAGUUAUGUACUACAAGUAUUGUAGUCCCCAUAAAGAAAGAAGAGACUUCAUACACUUCUCUUGAUACAAAUCUUGCAAUUAGCUGGUGCUAUCUAAACUAUGUCAAACCCAAUCCGUCUGCCCAAGAUGACAACCAGAACUCUGUCUAUUCUACUUGGUGCAUAAGUACUCGGAAUCCAAACCCUCCUGGGCUAACAAGCAAAGAUGUACUCUCCCUAGUGUACUGCAAGCAAAGACAUACUUCUUUCACGUACACUACAGCUGCAAUGCCUCCCUCCACAGUGGGAAAACCUGCAGCACCUGACACAAGGGAUCACAAGGAGGCUGAGGUACAUGCCAUACAGCCCAUAGACCCAACAGAGAUCCAGAAAGCUGAGCAGAGAAAGACAGAAAAGACACCAAAGGAAGAGGGAGAAGAGGAAGCACAGUCUACCUCCAAAUACAAUGAGAUCCUCCGGGUACAAAUCUGUGAAGGAGGCUACAGGUCGAGUGAGGAGUAUGUGUACGUGCGGGGACGUGGGAGAGGCCGUUACGUGUGUGAGGAGUGUGGGAUCCGCUGUAAAAAGCCCAGCAUGCUGCGGAAACACAUCAGACUACACACUGAUGCUCGGCCCUACAUCUGCCAACACUGCAACUUCGCUUUCAAAACCAAAGGGAAUCUAACCAAACAUAUGAAGUCAAAGGCUCAUGGGAAGCGUUGUCCUGAGGGGACCACUCCUGGACCUGUGCUGAGUGAGCCUGACACAGAAGAAGGAGGUGGUGCUGAGGAGAGUUGUGUUGCACCAGAGGUCGCUGAGGAGCACCAGUUCUCAGAUGCUGAGGACACGGAUGAGGAAGAGGAUGACAAUGACGAAGCUGACGAGGAGACAUCGCAGUCCUCUGCCUCAUCUGUAAAGAUAUCUGUCUGCAGUAAAGGUCCAGGAUGUCAGUCAGCAUCAAAUCCUGAAACCUCAGGGAAGACAAAUCAGACACCUGAGUCCAGACAGCUGAGUCCAAACACAUCUUCAUAUGUAGAGACCACUACUGCAGCGAUGUCCUCUUCCCCAGUAUGCAGUCUUUCUCCUAGCCUUUAUUCAUCCUCUGCUUGUCCAUGUUCCCCACAGAGGGACGUGUCCCCGUUACGCUGUCUCUCUCCCCGGCUUAGCCUCUCUCCAUCUCCCUGCCAGUCCUCUCUUUCCCCAUCUACCCGAUCUGUCUCACCUUUUUCACUAAGACACCUGUCCCCAGUUCGAGCCAUUUCUCCCAUAUGUCCCAAGUCUCCAAGCAGUCCACAAAGCUCCAGUUUCGGAGCUAGUGUGACCGUUCAACAGAGGGCCUGCAGACACCAAGAUUUAAUAAAGUCUUCAACUAAUACAGUCAAUUCCAAGGGCAAGCUGGAGAAGACGAGUAGAGCUCAGAUGAGAGAGCAUCAGGCUGAGCUGCUCUUCUUCAGGCAUGGGCAGGCCAGGGAAGGCCAAAGAGUGCUCAGCCACCUGCCUCUGCAUUCUCAGCCUCAGACUCCAAGCUCCAGUCUCAGCCUCAUGAUCCCCAUAGGUGGGAUCCAGAUGGUUCAGAUUCCUACAAUCAGCUCUGGUCUGCACGUGAACCGGUCAAAACUGACCCCCAGCGUGACCCAUGCAGACUUAGCUGAGAUUGGCAAGGAGGAAAAAACAAGUUCCUCAGACGACUUAAUACAAUACGGGUCUGCCCCUGGAGGACAAAACCAGGAAACCGAAGAACCGGGUGAUAAAAAAAGUGAUGCUCCGAGUGCACCCUUGACGACCUGGAAGUGUAUAUCUCAAAGAAAAGAGAGAAAGCGCUUGGAAAGAAAGCCCACACACGUCCACAAAAGUGCUACAAUCAAGCAGCCGUCUACAGAUAACGACGCGACACCCAAGAGCACUUGGAAGGAAAAGGCUUCUAGAGCAUCAGAGAGAACUCUAUCAGAGAGAAGACUCUAGUUCCAGUGGCUAAGCCGGACCAAACACAACCAAGAUGGGCAGAAUCGUUGAACAUCUCCGGAUAUAGGAAAUCUGAGCAUUUAGAAAUGGAGAUUCAGUGUACAGUUAUUGUGUAGAUAUGUAGAUGCAACACAUAUAUCUGUAUGUAUAUUGUUCUCUAUCUGUAUUCUAGACUCAUUUCUAUCUAUAAUUUAUAUACACUGUAAAAAAACAAAACAAUGUAUGGUUUAUAUUGAUUUAUAUAUAUGACCUUAUAUGGCUUUGGAAUUUGUAUUUUAUGUGUUUGUAUCAUUUCUAAACGCGAUUUCUCACUAGAAUAUGAAACUCAGCUAAAUGGUUGUGUCCAUCAAACUUUUUUGAUAUCCAUUGUGAACACGGUAGACUCCAUACACACAAUUAACCAAAACCACUCAACUUUUCAGUAUCCUUUUUUUUUUUUUCUUUCUUACAUUGAUGUAAUAAGUAGUGUUGCUGGGUUCCAUAUGAGAAGAGUCUGUAUAGUAUUUUCUUAAUCGUGCUGUAUUUGGAUAUGGAAAGUACUUUCCCAUGUAUUCUGUUAAUCAAUCAAUGGCAGAAAAGCUUUUAGUAACAUGAAAUGAGGUAAUAAGAAUUAUAUGCAUAUACGAUAAAUAUUUAAAGCUUAUAGCAUGGAUUUAUUGUCCGCUGUGUUUUCUUUCUAUCAUUUCCUAUUCGAUUAGAGAAAAAUAUGCAGAUAAUGUAUCCUCUUACAUGUUUACCUGGUACUCAUUGUCAGAAGAGCUAUGAUUGUAUUUAAGCAAAGAUUACUUUAACUGGGCUACUCCUUUUCUUUUCUUUUCUUUUUUGGCUGACGGUGUUGUUUGGACUUUAUCGCACCACUGAGUGCCUCUAUGAAGAACUGUACAAAAUACCUGCAGUUUAAAGUAGCUUGUGUUACAUAUACACACACUGGCACCAGACUGACAGCUAGCUAGCUAUGUUUUUUUGUUUUUGUUUUUGUUUUUUUUUAUAAUCUAUAGCCUCUUUGAGAAUUGUUUCUAGUACACACGUUUUUUUCGGGGGGGGAAAAAUUCACAUGUUUAAAUCAGAAACUGUCUGACUUCUAACUUCUUUUCAAUUGAACAUCUCAUCAUGUAGCUAGCCUUGAUGAAAUAUUGGGUGCCUAUAAGCAGCUGCAUUACUGUUACUGGCGAAAUUGGUAAGCAAUAAAACAAUUUUGAAAAAUAUGUAUUAAAUUGGGUACUGUCUGAAAUGUUCGAUAUUCCAUUAUUACUCAAAAUGAAAUGAUAAUAAUAAAAAAAAGAUAUAUAUAUAAGAA